AUGCAGUCCCGUCUCCUCGUCCUCGCCGCCGCCGUGGCCACCGUCUCGGCCACCCACCCCUUGGCUCUGCCCAAGCUCAAGCGCGACCUCGAAGUCCGCCAGGCCGACGACCUUGACUCAGUCUCCAUCGCCUCCGGCUGCAGCUCCGCCGCCAUCGAUCUCUACACCGCGCUCCCAACCCCUCCCCCGUCCCUCAUGACCGCCGCCCUCGACGGCGAGCUCCAGAGCGCCCUGGCCAGCCCCUGCGAGGUGACCCUCGCCGCCAGCCUGUCCUCGGACCUGCAGGAGUACGCCUCCGACAUCAAGACCUGGUACGAGUCGCACUCGAGCCAGGUCUCCUCCGUCCUCGAGGAGUGCAGCGACCUCGUCAGCCUCCUCGGCGGCAGCCUCACCGAGACCGACCUCCCCGUCUGCUCCACGACCGCCGCCGCCAGCAGCGCUCGCACCACCAGCGGCAGCGCCUCGAGAACCUCCUCCUCUCGCACUGCCUCCGACACUUCUGCGGCUACUCCCGCCAGCUCUGCCUCUGGAGCUAGCCAGACCGGCAGCCAGACCUCUGCCUCUGCUACCGCCUCGUCUUCCACUGUUCCUGGUAGCGCCGGUGUCAAGACCUCUGGCAGCAUUUUCGCCGCCGUCGCUGCUGGUGUCUUUGCCCUCGUUGCUCUGCUUACCUCCCAUAAGACUUCAGACCUGGUAUCCAAACCUCCCCCGGUAGAACAUAUCAACCGCCACGGGGAGGUACAAGACCACGGCCACAAUCUGCCCAAACCCCCAGUUGUUCCCCCCGUAGUCCUCCUCCACGUUCCUCGCCAGCUCCUCCUGCAGGCCCCGCAGGUGGAAGAUGACCCAGAGCAGAGGGGCCGCGAGCCCCAGCGGGACGAGCAUGAGCAGGGCGGCCCAGAGCCGGUGCCCGCGGAGCCACUCGCCCACCCUCCUGCGCCAGAGGACGACGCGGCCGGCGCCGACCACGACGGCGUGCCGCUUCUGGUCCUUGACGGGGGAGUAGUGCGCGCCGACGAGCCCGCCCAUCUGCCAGAGCGUGGCGAGGUACAUGACGAGCGAGGCGGCGAGCUCGAGGGGCGGGAUGGCGGCGGCGUCGAGCCCGUCGGCGAAGCACAGCCUCUCCACCUUGGCCCAGUCGGCCGUCGACACGUCGCUGCCCGAGCCGUCGCCGAUGGGGCGGGAGUCGUCCGGCCCGAAGGCGUGCAGGUUGCGGGAGAGGAAGGGGUAGAAGGACAGCGCGGCGGCGAGGUUGAGCAGGAACAGGCGGGGGUUGGACCGGGAGGAGUCUAUGCUACUCAAGAGGAGGGCCGGGUAGAGCAGGGGCAGCAUGGAGACGACGGAGACGGCCUGGGCGAUCUGGGCCUCGAUGGCGCCGAAGUCGGAGGUGGCGAUGCCGAAGUCUUUCUGGACGAGGAGGGAGAUGGUGGCGAUCUGGACGGCGAUGGAGAAGAAGGCGGCGGCGUUGAAGAAGCUGCGGAGGCCGGUGAGGAGGACCUGCGAGGGGAUGGAUCGGAGCGGGGGGUCGAGGCGGGUUUGGAGGAGGAGGAGGAUGGCGAGGGUGAAGCCGAGGGCCAUUCCUAA